AUGACGGCCUUGCCCAGCUCCAGCACGGGCCAGUCGGGCCCCGACUCCUGGUGCAGUCCGCUGAGCCCCCGCAACUCGGAGGUGGCCGCGCUGGAGCAGCGCGGCUACCUGGUGGGCAAGAAGGUGGGGCAGGGCACGUACGCCACGGUGCACGCCGCCGAGUACGUGGACGCCGCGGCCAACCGCAAGCUGCGUCUGGCCUGCAAGGUCUUCGACAAGGACAAGGCGCCGCGCGACUUCCUCGACAAGUUCUUCCCGCGCGAGCUGGAGAUCCUCACCAAGAUCGAGAACCCCCACAUCAUCCAGGUGCACAGCAUUCUGCAGCGCGGGCCCCGCGUCUUCAUCUUCAUGCGCUUCGCUGACAACGGCGACCUGCUGGACUUCGUCAAGAACAAGGGCCCCGUGCAGGAGGCGCAGAGCCGGCUGUGGUUCCGCCAGAUGACCAGCGGGCUGCACUACCUGCACGCCAAGAACAUCGCGCACCGCGACCUCAAGUGCGAGAACGUGCUGCUGUCGCGCCGCUUCAACGUCAAGCUGGCCGACUUCGGCUUCGCGCGCUACUGCGUGGACGCGGACGGGCGGCGCGUGCUGAGCCAGACGUACUGCGGCUCGGCGGCGUACGCGGCGCCCGAGGUGGUGUCCGGCACGCCGUACAACCCCAAGCUGGCCGACGUGUGGUCGCUGGGCAUCAUCCUCUUCAUCAUGCUCAACGCCCGCAUGCCCUUCGACGACGUGAACCUCCAGAAGCUGCUGCGCGACCAGGUCAGCCGGAACUGGGCGUUCCGGUCCAAGGUGCGCGGCGAGCUGUCCCCGCUGGCCAAGGGGCUGGUGCGGCGCCUGCUGGAACCCGACGUCAUGACCAGGCUCACCCUGGAGCGCGUGUUGGCCCACGAGUGGCUACGGCCCGCGCCCGCCACGCCCUUCCCCUUCACCGAGGCCCAACGAUAA